AUGUCUCAUACGCAUAGAGAGGAGCUGUAUGUGGGCCCCUACAGACUGGAAAAGACCCUGGGCAAGGGGCAAACAGGUCUGGUAAAACUUGGCGUCCAUUGUGUGACAGGCAGACGGGUGGCCAUUAAAAUCGUAAAUCGUGAAAAACUCAGUGAAUCAGUUCUAAUGAAGGUGGAGAGAGAAAUAGCCAUUAUGAAGUUAAUAGAACAUCCACAUGUGUUAGGAUUAUAUGAUGUGUAUGAAAAUAAAAAAUAUUUAUAUUUAAUCUUAGAACAUGUUUCUGGUGGAGAAUUGUUUGAUUACCUCGUUAAAAAAGGACGCCUGACGCCGAAAGAAGCAAGAAGAUUUUUCCGACAAAUUAUAUCUGCUCUAGACUUUUGCCAUAGCCACAAUAUAUGCCAUCGUGAUUUAAAACCAGAGAAUUUAUUACUAGAUGAAAAGAAUAAUAUCAGAGUAGCAGAUUUCGGAAUGGCGUCAUUACAGGUUGAAGGGUCCAUGUUAGAAACAAGCUGCGGGUCUCCACAUUAUGCUUGUCCGGAAGUGAUACGGGGAGAGAAGUAUGAUGGUAGAAAGGCUGAUGUUUGGAGUUGUGGUGUUAUAUUAUAUGCUCUCUUAGUGGGAGCUCUUCCAUUUGAUGAUGAUAACUUAAGGCAGCUUUUAGAAAAAGUGAAAAAAGGCGUGUUUCAUAUCCCCCAUUUUGUCCCCCCUGAUUGUCAAAAUUUAUUACGAGGUAUGGUGGAAGUAGAUCCUGAUAAACGUCUUACAUUAGAAGAAGUGAUGAGACAUUCAUGGGUGGUGGCGGGCGUUAAACAUGAAAUAGAAACGGAACUACCAAUGACACAAGUUGUUCAGACAUCUAUUGUACCUACAGUAGAAGAUUUAGAUGCGGAUGUUUUAUCUACUAUGAAUUCUUUACAAUGCUUUAAAGAUAAAGACAAGUUAGUGGCAGAAUUACUGAGUAGAAAACAUAAUACAGAAAAGGUUGUGUAUUUUUUACUGCUAGAUAGAAAGUUACGGAAUCCCAGCGUAGAAGAUGACCUUGAAAUACGCAGUAGGUCAGAAUCAGGUAAGGGAGCUGAUCCACCUAGAAAGAGAAUUGAUGCAGUCCAGUUGAAUGGUCAAGCAAGACUAUCACUAGGAAAUAUCAGUGAAGGAUCCCCAGUAGCAUCUAGGAGGGCGCUAGCGGUACAGCAAGUACGGAAAGCCAGCUUCAGUUCAAGUCCUGGAAGUUCUCCAUUAUCCAGUCCGAAAUUACCACAUCGAUGUACCCCAACACACAGUCCUUCAGCAACGCCGCCUGGCUCACCAGGAAUCCAAGCAACACCCUGGAAAUCAAGACUACAUACCAUUAAAAACAGCUUCCUUGGUUCACCGCGAUUUCAUCGUCGCAAGAUGCAAGUUCCAACAUCUGAUGAUAUCUCCAUGUUACCAGAAUCACCAGAAAUGGCAAAACGAUCAUGGUUUGGUGGUUUAAUGGGUAUGGAACAAGAACAUCAUUUUAUGAUGGUUCGAGAUAAAACAUUUAAUCAAGUUAAGGCAGAUUUAGUACAUGCAUUCCUUUCUACUUCUGAUCUCAGUCAUAGUGUGAUAUCUACAAUGACGUUCCGUGCUGAAUAUCGACGUGGUGGCAGUUCCUCUAUGUUUUCUCGGAAUGUCAGGUUUCAGGUUGAUAUUAGUACAGCACCAGGAGAACGCGAUGUUACCUCAGCUACAAGCUUUUGUCUUACUUUUACACUCAUCUCAGGCCCGUCUAGAAGAUUCAGAAGAGUUUGUGAACACUUACAAUCGUUGAUGUCAACGCCACGUGGAGAUGGUUUACAUCAUCGUAAAAUUAGUACGGACAGCACAGUAUCCUACACCUCCGAACUAGUUCCUCCAUCAUACUGCUCUAUAGUGAAAGAAAAUGGCGACAAUGGAACAGUGAGACACCGUGUUUGUUUAUUUCAAAUUUUAGGCAUCUCUGUUCCAAAUAUCAGUAUUUAUAACUUUUUACCAUUAGCUGAUAUUUCUGUUAUAGGUGCUCGACAUAAUAUUCUAUUUGAUAGGGCAUGUGUACUCUGA